AUGCCCCAGAGCUGCGCCAAGCCCUCGGACAUGGCCGAGCUCGUCAGCAGCCAGGCCUGGAUGGGCGAAAUGCCGGCAGCCAAGGAGCUGAAGGAGCAGGGGGACGCCAGGAGCGCUCCCUUCGCGCUGCUGCCCGCCCUGCCCGAGGAGCGCGACAGCGCGGAGGAGGAGGAGGAGGAGGAAGAGGACAGCGAGAAGCCCAAGAGGAGGGGCCCGAAGAAGAAGAAGAUGACCAAGGCCAGGCUGGAGCGGUUCCGGGCGCGGAGGGUCAAGGCCAACGCCCGGGAGCGCACGCGGAUGCACGGCCUGAACGACGCCCUGGACAACCUGCGCCGGGUCAUGCCCUGCUACUCCAAAACGCAGAAGCUCUCCAAGAUCGAGACGCUGCGGCUGGCCAGGAACUACAUCUGGGCCCUGUCCGAGGUGCUGGAGAGCGGGCAGACGCCCGAGGGCAAGAGCUUCGUGGAGAUGCUGUGCAAGGGGCUCUCGCAGCCCACCAGCAACCUGGUGGCCGGCUGCCUGCAGCUGGGCGCGCAGCCGCUCUUCCUGGAGAAGCAGGAGGAGAAGCCGUGCGAGCCGGGCCUGCCCGGCCACUCCUUCGGCUACCAGGGGCUGCCCAGCCCUCCCUACGGCUCCAUGGAGUCCCACCUGCUGCACCUGAAGCCGCCGGCCUUCAAGAGCCUGGUGGAGGCUUCGUUCGGGAGCCACCCCUCUGACUGCUCCACGCCGCCCUACGAGGGGCCCCUGACGCCGCCCCUGAGCAUCAGCGGCAACUUCUCCCUGAAGCAGGACGGCUCCCCCGAGCUGGACAAGCCCUACCCCUUCAUGGGCCACUACCCGGCGGUGGGCCUGGCCGCGGCCCACGGGCACGGCUCGCACUUCCAGGGCUCCGCGCCCCGCUACGAGAUCCCGCUGGACGUCGCCUUCGAGUCCUUCCCGCCCCACGCGGCCGGGGCCCAGCUCGGCGCCAUCUUCAACGAGUAGCGGGGCUGGACGCGGGUUUGGGGCAGGGAGAUGUGCCCAGGAUGGACCGGGCAUCUCUGUGGGACGUGGUGCUGAGGUGGCAGUGCCACUGCUGCUGUCCCAGCUGUCCCCAGGAGCCACAGGAACCGUUCCGGACUGCUGCGUCCCCCAGAGAUGCUCCCAAAGGUGUUUCCGCCUCCAGGACGUCCAUCCUGACAUCAAAUCCAGCCCUUGGAUUGUCCAUCCUCUCCCUGUCCCCCUCUGGUGUGGGGACACCGCCCCUCCUGCCCCUUGGGGUGGCCAUUGUCCCUUGCCCUUGUGGGGUCAUGGAUUUCCCAGUGCUGCAGUGGCCAGGUGGGAAUGAGCUGGACACUUGUGGGAAACCCGGAUGGAAAUUCUCACCCCAGGGAGAACC